ACUUCUCCUGCGUAAGCAAUAUAUUGGCAUAGCUUUGCCAUUUGUCAGCCAGCAGUCUGUGAACACAUUUGCUCGUCAAUCUAAAUUUAACCUUUUCUCACACAAGCACUUGUAAAUCAACCAGGCAUUCUGUCAUUCACUAGUCUUUGGUCUUCAUGUUGGUUUCUUUAUUUUGAUAAAAAAAAUUCCCAACUUAAUGUGCUUUAUAAAGCAUACCCUGUGUAGCUGGCAGCGAGGAAAUUAAAUGGAAUCUCUCAUACUUCGGGAGUGCUGAUAGAAGAAUGCUGGGUAUCUAAGCCACAGAUAAAUAAUCUACCCUACCAAAAAACCCCUACAACUCACUGGAUCAUGGAUGCAGUGGAUGCAUUUUGGCACUUUCCAAAACGAAAGUCCUGCCCACCCUGAAAGAGCCUUCAACAAUCCCAGCAUCAGAGCCUUCAAGAUUUCCCACAUCAGCAUUGCUUUGGUCAGCCUGCAUAAAUCCAAAUCCCCCUUCAUCGUCAGACUGAACCACAACAGGGGUUAGGAUUUCUUUUACAAGGAAGUUGGCAAAGAUGGGGUUUAUGCACCACUCCAGCCAGAACUGAAAGCGAAUGGGGAUUGAAUUGUUUUACCUCCUUUUCCUAUUUCUUCAAAGAAAUGAGAAUGUACAAGGAAACUGUGAUCCAGGGAGUGCGGGGAACUGUGAAGACUGUUUGCUUUCCGGACCACACUGCGGCUGGUGUUUUCAAGAGAAUUUCACUGACCUGUCUAACAUUUAUAAAAGAUGCGACACUCCUGACAAGCUGAUUGCAAAAGGAUGCCCAUCAAAUUUGAUUGAAUUCCCUGUUUCUAAAGUAGUAAUCGAAAAAAAUAAGUUCCUGAGUGAAGGUCCACAAAAAAACAACUCAGACGUUACACAGAUUUCUCCUCAAAAGCUAACUGUUUUUCUGAGACCAGGAAAUGAAGAAACAAUACAGAUCAAUGUGCGUCAGACUGAAGAUUAUCCGGUCGACCUCUACUAUCUCAUGGAUCUUUCGGCUUCUAUGAACGAUGACCUGAAAAACAUAAAGGUACUGGGUUCUACCCUAUCAAAAGAAAUGUCUAAACUAACAAGCAACUUCCAGCUGGGUUUUGGGUCAUUCGUAGAAAAACCAGUUUCACCAUUCAUCAAUACUCUAGCAGAAGACAUACAGAAUCCUUGCCGAGGUAUCUCACAUGACUGCUCACCAACAUUUGGAUACAAGCAUGUUCUGCCACUGACAAAUGAUGCCGAGAGGUUUAAUGAUAUUGUGAAAAAACAGAAAAUCAGUGCUAAUAUAGACACUCCAGAGGGAGGAUUUGAUGCAAUUAUGCAGGCAGCUGUGUGUAAGGAAAAAAUUGGGUGGAGGAAUGAUUCAUUACAUCUAUUGGUGUUUGUGACUGAUGCAGAUUCCCAUUUUGGGAUGGAUAGCAAACUAGCAGGAAUUGUUAUUCCGAAUGAUGGAGAAUGCCACUUGGAUGACAAUAAUGAAUAUUCCAUGUCAACUGUUUUGGAAUAUCCAAGCUUGGGACAAUUAAUAGACAAGAUAAUACAAAACAAUGUUUUAUUAAUUUUUGCAGUAACAAAGGGACAGGUUCAUUUAUAUCAGAACUAUGCUGAUCUUAUUCCUGGAGCUACUGUUGGACAACUACAAGAAGAUUCUAGCAAUGUUCUCCAGUUGAUUAUUGAUGCAUACAAGGCACUUCGGUCUGAAAUUGAACUAGAAGUAUUAGGUGACACAGAGGGAAUAAACAUGUCUUUCACUGCUAUCUGUAACAACAACACUGCCAUUGCAAAUGGGAAGAAAUGCUCUCAUAUUAAAGUAGGAGAAGUGGUUACUUUUAACUUGACAUUAAGCCUAUCUGCUUGUGAGAAAAGUCGAAGGAAAGUCCUAAUAAAGCCUGUGGGUCUCAGUGAAACUUUGGAAAUUGCUAUUCAGCCAGAGUGCAGCUGUACUUGUCAGAAAGAAGCCGAGGCAAACAGCUCAAAGUGCAACGACGGAAACGGUUUGUUCGAGUGUGGAGUUUGCACUUGCAAUCCUGGCUACCUGGGCCCUUAUUGUAAAUGUGAUGAAAAAGAAUCCCUGGGUCCAGAUUCCUGCAGAAGUUCUCCUGAGCAGAAGUAUUGCAGUGGAAGAGGCGACUGCUACUGCGGGCAGUGCGUUUGCCACUUGUCGGCCUAUGGCAAUAUUUAUGGGCCAGACUGUGAAUGUGACGAUUUCUCUUGUGUGAGACUUAGAGGACUGCUGUGUGGAGGUAAUGGAGACUGUGACUGCAACAAGUGUAUCUGCCACAAUGGGUGGAUGGGGGAGUACUGUAACUGCACCACAGCCAUUGACAACUGCAUUUCUGAAGAUGGGACAAUCUGCAGUGAGAGAGGCAAAUGCAUUUGUGGUCAAUGUGUUUGCACACAUCCUGGGGUUUCAGGAAGCUCGUGUGAGAAAUAUGCUGCCUACAGCGAUCCUUGCAUUUCCAAAAGGAACUGCGUGGAAUGUUAUUUAAUGUCUGAUGAUCGGUCACAGGAAGACUGCACAGAAAUAUGUAAACUGGUUGAUGCCACUGUCAGUACUGAAGAAGAAACUUCAGAGGAUAAAUAUGUUCCUUGUUUAUUGCGGGGUGAAAAUGAGUGUGUUAUUACAUUUCUAAUGACAACUGAUGAACAUGGGAAAACAACUAUCCACAGCAUAAAACAGAAAGACUGUCCCCAACAUCCCAAUACUACAAUGAUUAUACUGGGUGUCUCAAUUGCAGUAGUUGUCACUGGUGUUGUUCUGCUUUGCAUAUGGAAAUUGUUUAUUUCAUUUCAUGACCGCAAAGAGGUUGCUAAAUUUGAAGCAGAGAGGUUAAAGGCCAAAUGGCAAACGGGAACCAACCCACUCUACAGAGGAUCAACAACAACAUUUAAAAAUGUAACAUACAAACAAAAAGAAAGACAACCAGGAUCUGCUGCAGAUAUUUAAUAAAAGUUCAAAUAUUUCAGUUAUUUGAGGGAAAAUUAUAAAGCAAAAUCUCUUACGUUUGUUGUACAUUUUUGGUCUGGAUUGAGGUUUGUUUACAUAGUAUAACAGUAAAGUGGUUUUGAGAUGAAACAACACACUUUACAUGGCUGAAAGACCCUUGAAAUGAUGAACUGAUUUGAUAUUUAGAAGCCCUUUUCUUUGGCAAACCCUUAACUGUUUGAAGAUGUAAAACAAAAAAUACCAGUGAAAAGUAAGAUGUGAGCCUGAAGCAGCAAAACACUAGUAUGAUCUGAUACCACACCAGGAAAUUGUCUUAAAAUAUACUUGCAAUGCAAUCUCAUACAGGUUUGCUUAGAAAUAAUCUCCAGAGUUCAACAGUACUGAUUCCUAACUGCAUGUGCAAGUCCCGUCGAACACAAUAGGACUUUUUACUUGAGCAAAUAUGCUGUUCGGUGUUUGUUGCUCUCAAAAGAGAUUUGGACUUAAUUAUUCUAAGUGCAAUCUAUAAUUUGUCAAGUAGAAGGCAGAAAAUUGAAAAAUCUGUCAGCUUCACUCUCCCACAUCUUAAUAUUCAGUCAACUGAAUUUCAAAUUUGUUCCAUACAGACUAUGAAAGAUUUUACAAAUGUUGAUCAAUUUGUCAGAAAUUAUCCAAAAUGAAAUUCUCAUUCAUCCCUAAAUGAAUGUGUCCAUGUUUUACCAAUAAAAGAAAACCAGUUGAUUUUUUAGGUACGUAGAUUGGAGAGAGGGUGGAGAUUUACCAUGGAGGGAUAUUUGGGUGGUGGUGUUUCUCCAAAGCAGUCUUUCACUAAAAGUUACUCAUAAUAUGAAUGUAUUGUGUAUUUUAUAGAGACACUGGAAAUGUCUUAGUUGUUUACUGGAAUAGUUUUGACCCAAGGCUGGACCUUCCAGAAGGCCAAAACAUGUUCUAAUUCACUGGAGUCCUUUGGGCAUUUUGUUGUUGUUUUCUUAUGUGUAAAUACGUGUGUGGAUGGCUUGGAUUAACAUUUUGAAAAUUAAAUUGCAUUUCAAUAUUAA